AUGGUUACAACAAGGAAUAGAAAACGGACAGAGGAAAGUAACGAAAAUAAGAGUGAACGCAGUGAAAACCAUCGAAAUGGUGGACAAAAUGUUGAAACUGUAAAAGAAAUGAUGCCUGGUGUUUCUACAAGUAAUGAGGAUGGCGAAUUAGUGGAAAAUGAGAGUGGAAAUGAGAAGAGUGAAAUAGCAACUAAAGCAGAUAAAUUAUCCAGUGAAUCUUCAAGAAAAAGUCGACAGGAAGAAUCUAGUAGUAAUGUUAGGGAUAGAAAACGUAAGAGAUCACGAUCAGCAGAUUCUGGCAGUGAUAUCAGUCGAGAUGAUUCGAGAACACGGUCGAAACGCAAGCAUUCAAGUCAUAAAGAUGCUAAGUCAUCAAAAAAGCACUCUAAAAGUGACAGACGUCGUCGUUCUUCGAUGGAAAAGGAAAAAAAAAAUGAUACCAAUGAAGUUCUUGAUGGGACAUCUUCAAAAGCAGGAUUGGUAAGUGAGACGAAUGGUACGAAUUUAGAACAGAAUAACAUAGAGAAAAUCAAAAAAGAACCAACAGCAAGAGAAUUGGAAAUUGCUAGGCUGUUGAAAGAAGAAGAGGAACAUCCGGAGCUACUUGAUACGGAUAUUGAUGCAGUUUGGUCGUUGAAAAAGGCUCAAAUUGAAAAACCAAGUCGACAGUGCCCGUAUUUGGAUACCAUUGAUAGAUGCGCAUUGGAUUUUGAUUUUGAAAAGCUUUGUUCUGUUUCAUUAUCACACAUUAAUGUUUAUGCUUGUAUGGUUUGCGGAAAAUAUUUCCAGGGUCGAGGUACCAGCACUCAUGCGUACACUCAUUCGUUGGAUACCAAUCACCGAGUUUUCUUGAAUUUAAGCACUUUGAAAUUUUACUGUUUGCCAGACAAUUAUGAAAUCAUUGAUCCAUCGUUGGAUGAUAUCAAGUAUGUGUUGAAACCAACAUACACAACAAAAUAUAUCAUGGAGAUCGAUAAGAUAGGAAAGAUGGCUCGAGCUUUUGAUGGAACAACUUAUCAUCCAGGAGUUGUGGGUCUUAACAAUAUCAAGGCUAAUGAUUAUGAAAAUGUGGUCCUCCAUGCACUUUCACAUGUUCCACCACUUCGUGACUACUUCCUGCGUGAAGAAAGUUAUAUAAAUAUAAAAAGACCACCUGGUGAUAAGUUAACGCUUUUGCCAAAACGUUUUGGUGAAUUAAUCAGAAAAUUAUGGAAUCCAAAGGCGUUCAAAGCUCACGUCUCACCUCAUGAAAUGUUACAAGCCAGUGUAUUAUGCAGUAACAAAAAAUUUCAGAUCACUAGACAAGGUGAUGCAGCUGAAUUCCUGAAUUUUUUGUUGAAUACUCUUCAUAUAGCCCUGAAUGGUACUCGCAAAACAUCCUCAUCCAUUAUCUACAAAAUAUUUCGAGGUAGACUGCAUGAGUUUACACGAAAAGUAAUACCGGUGGAAACAACUGAGGAAGCACGAAAAACAUUGUUGGAAACUGACGAAUAUAAAGAGAAAAAACUCGAAAUUCCAUUUCUUUAUCUUACGUUGGAUUUGCCAGCUGCACCACUUUAUCGUGAUGAAUUGUUGCAAAAUAUUAUACCACAAGUGCCAUUGUCUGUGCUCUUAACUAAAUUUAAUGGAGUUACUGAAAAGGAAUACAAAACAUACAGUGAAAAUUUCAUGAAACGUUUUCAACUGGUCCGUUUACCACCUUAUCUAAUUAUAACCUACAAAAGAUUUCAUAAGAAUCAGUGGUUUGUUGAAAAAAAUCCUACAAUUGUCAAUUUUCCUAUAAGCAAUGUUGACUUGUAUGAUUGUUUGGCGGAAGAGAUGCGUCCUCUGCAUAAAUAUACAACUUAUGAUCUCGUUUCAAAUAUUGUUCAUGAUGGUCCACCAUCAGCUGGCUCAUAUCGUAUUCAAAUUCUUCACAAUGGUACCCAGAAAUGGUAUGAACUGGAAGAUUUGCAUGUGAAAGAAAUAUUGCCGCAGAUGAUUACACUAGCGGAAUCUUAUAUACAGAUUUGGCGUUUGAAUACUUCGAAAACACGUGAACAACGAGCAGGUGAGACGGAAGGAGGUGAAGAAACUAUGAACGAAAUGGAACAAUAA